AUGAUUAAUCAUCAUUCUGAAGAUUGCAUCUUUGUCCUAUCCAAGGAUGCACUUGAAAUUAGGUUAUACCUGCAUGAUCGAGGGGGGCUGGUGCAGUUUGCAGAUAACCUGGAGUCCUCGGAGAAAUGUCUUCCUGAGCUUCUCAGCUUGUCAACCAUGGAUCUUUCUUCUCAGAGUGGAGCGGAGCGUCUGGUGAAAACUAGAACACCUCCAAUGAAGGCUUCAGAAUUAUGGUGUGAGAAACCAGCUAUACUCCUCUGCAUCCGUCGACCCGGAGCUGAAGCCAACCAACUAUAUUCCAAGAAACCAGUAUUUGAUGCACUCAGGGUCCAAAUAUUUGUAGUACUUCAUGAGCAUAUGAAAUCUGAGGUAUAUUUUUCAACUCACAUGAUCAUGCGUUGUAACUGGCUAAUGAAUGCGCAAUCAUAUCAUUUAAUGGUUUCAGUGAAAGACUCCUGGCCAAAAUACUGGGGUGACAUCGUGCUCUUUGACAAAGGCAUGGAGUUUUUCAAAGCCCUAGGUGGGGGGAAGCUACUGAAAGACAAGUUUGUAUCGGGUUUCCUAUUCAACCCUAAAGCAAUUGCAAAUUAUAAGCGAGCAAAGGCCAUGGGAAUAGACCAACAUUUCAAGGGUGAAGGUGAGGUAAAGGGUGGACUUCUUAUAAUUGGUAAAGGAAAGAGUGGCAUUGCUUACCAGUUCAUUGAGAGAAACUUCGGUGAUUGGGCACCGCUUGCUGAAGCCGUAAAAUUCUGUACACGUUUCCAGGUAGUUUUCUAA